UCCAUUCAUCCCAUUGUGUGGCAUUGAAGCUCCCCUCUCUCCAUCCCUUCCUCCCUCCCUCCCUCCCUCUCUGAAUUCCCCUCCAUCUCACCGGAUCCAAGUGUGAACCCCGAAAACGCCAUUGCUUCUGAAGCCGAGAAAGACCCCCCAACUCUCUGUCUCUCUCCCUGUCUCUGUUUGUCAGUUUCUGUGCAAAGACCCUUCAUUUCAACUCCAUUUCUCUGAUUUACAGUUGAAGUAACCUCCUUUGGCAGCCCCCCGCUCCAGUAUUAAGGGAGGACUUUCAGUUCUCCUCGCCAUUGCUACUCAAUCCGGGGGCUUGUCUUCUAUACUGGGUAAGUGCCCUUUUCCACACUUCUUCAACGGCUUAGAUCUCUCCAGCACCAACCCGGAUCUGGGUCCUCUUCCUUCUGCUCCGUCCUGUCCUGCAAUUUAGUCUUACUUUGCUGGUUUCAUUCAGGAAUAGAGGAUUUGGUUGUUGAAGUGGAUCCAAGAUGUUCAAGUCUUCGCCUCGUAGAAGCCAGCGGUCGAAAGGUUUCAAGGUGAAGCAUGCUCUCCAAAUAUGUCUUCUGGUUGGUGUCUGCAUUUGGCUUCUUUACCAAGUGAGGCACUCUCAAAACAAGAAAGCAGCUUUUGAUGAAGGAGCCAAAGCUAGCAAUGAUGUUGUGAAGUUAGGACGAAAGGACCUCCAACCACUGGAGGAUGUUCCCGUCAUAGAUGUGAGACACAAGGAAGGCGAAGAAGAAGAAGAAAACAAGACCGAAGAAGAUGAGCAGAAGAAGUCUGAAGAUAGUGUGGAGACUCAAGAACAGGAUCAAGGCAAAUCUGAUGAAGAUCCUGAGAAUCAGGAUGACAGGACAGAGGCUGAGAAGGCGAGAGAGGAAAGCAUGGAUGACACGAAUGGAGAAAUCAAGGAGGAGGAACAUGAGAACCACGAGAUGCAGGAGAAGGUGAACAUGGAGAAUCAAGGAACCAAGGGUAAAGAGGAGGGAGAAGAAAGCAAUGAGAAUCAAGGAACUGAGGGUAAAGAGGGGGGAGAAGAAAGCCAUGAAAAGCAGGAGGAAGAGAGUAAGAUUCAAGAGGUGGGCUCAUCAGAGAGCCAAGUUGAUGAUGGGAAUGACAAAAGUAGUGACACUGCGAGAGAGGAAAACUACAAGGGUGACGAUGCUUCGAGUGCAGUAGAACACGAAUCAUCAUCCGAGAAUGUGCCCAGUGGGGAAGAUCAACAGGGUGGAUUGGAGACUUCUAUGGCAGAAGGGCAGUCAGAGCAGAAGGAGAAGAAUGAAGUUGAAGAGAAUAAACCUAAUGGCUCUGAAUCUGUUGAAAAUAAUCAGAGCAAGUCCGAGCCCAAUAAUAUUGAAGGAACAGGGAAUCCCGAGGAGAAACCGCAAACUACUAUUGCCGUGGAUACGAACCAGCCAGCUUCCGAAAGUAGUUCUGAUUCUAACUCUGAUGAUGGCCAGAAAUCUAGUGAAGAGCAGCAAGACAGCACCAUUCCUGUGGAAGUCAUUACCAAAGAUCUUGGGUCCGCACCUCAGAAUGGUACAGAUGUGUCAGUUGUGACUCUGAUGCAAAAUGGAGAAGGAAACAGUACAGCUUCUAAAGUUGAUGAAUCAACCACAACAGACGUUACAGAGGAUCAGUCCAAGAAAACUGACUCUGGGUCGACUGAAGAACAAUCAACUUCCGGUGAGACUACAUCCACGGCUGAUAAUGGAGAUGUGGCCAAGAGUGGAGAGUUCCAGGAUAGCUCAGGGAUCUUCGAGUCUGUUAAGUUGGAGACACGGACUCCUGAGGAAACUAAUGCAUCUAAGGAGGAGAUGCAGAAGGCCGUGGAUUCUUCUAAUCCAAACCAGGAAAAUAAGGUUCAAGGCGAAGUGCCCAACGAGAAUGCUGAUGGUAAAAAGGAAGAGAUCGAUUCUUCAGGCUCAUCUCCUCAGGAGAAGAAGGAGCAGUCCUCAGACACUGGAAAGAGUUCUGAGGCGGGUCAGAGUGAGAGCAAUAUGAAUGAUCAGAACAGCAACAAUGAAGAGAAUGCAAUAAAGAUGACCGAGCAAGUUGAUUCCUCGCGCUCAUUGAAUGAGCGGGAGAACUCUGAGCAGAACUCAUCGAUUGGUCAAGAUAACUCAGAUAAGAACUCAGAUUCCCAUGCUUCAGAUGGUGGUCAAGGUAAUGCUGAUCAGAAUUCCUCAACUUCCCAAGCUUCUGACAGUCAAGAGAACGAUCAGAAUUCCUCAACUUCCCAAGAGGACUCAAGCUCAGAUAAUAACAGCAACAAUGUAGGAGAGCAGCAACAGGCCAAUCAAGUGGACCAGUCGAUCCCUCAAGAAGUGAAGGAUGUUCGGACGGAUCUUGGGACCUUGCCUGAGUCUGGGAACGAAGGCACAAACAGUAAAGAUGCAGCUGCCGAGUAAAAAGUUUGCUCCUUAUAGUAGGUGCUUGAUGCCUUUUUAUUGUUCGCGUGAUCAAGCAAUGUGUUAACUUGUCCGCGUGCUAUGUCGGUGGGUGCAUUGUUCGGCUAGGGAUACGUUGUAACUAAACAAUGUUGAGGGGUUCGAGGUUGAGAUCUUUACAUGUGCCCAAGUGUAUGAGCUGUUCACACUUCACUAUAAAUGUUUUUCUUGCGGACAAAUGACUUUUUAGACAUCUUA